AUGGUCAAUACGCCAACAUUUCACGGCAACAAUAACAUUACAUUCAGUCAAUGGGUUGAGGCUCUAAUCGACACUGGUAGCCAGUAUUGGAACAAUAUAGAUGUGGCUUACUAUGAUGAGGAACUUAGCGUGUAUUAUUAUAAUAGGAUAGGUAAUGAGACUGACAUCGUCCGUGCAUGUGACCUGAACGACUUGAUAUCAAGCUACCCGUAUAACGUAGGACACGCGGAGUACCAGCUACCCCCCAGUGACGAAAUGAUCUUAGCCAGUUAUAGCAACGACAGCAAAGAUGAAGGAGUUAGCGAGGAGGGAAGGGCCCAAACCAUUAUAAUGGAAGAAGCUGAGCACUAUUUGACAAAUGUCAGGGAAGAGUAUGUCGACGGGUAUCAAUUGAGCGGAGAUCGAUGUGUGAACGUAAGUAAAUGA